UGCUGCACAAUUAAUCGCAUCGCAAUCGCAAUCGCAAUGUCAGCCUGUGCAAUUAUAUGACAGCAAAAUGUUGCAAUUAUAUUAAAUAAAUCCAUGUGUGGACUUGUUAACACCAACUUUCUGAUAACAGUUUGAUGAUUUUCCUUGCUGUUUAAAAAAAAGAAAGAAAAACGAACAAAAAAGGUAGUGCAUGUGUGACAUGCACCUGUGUGGUGUGCGUCGUCACUUGUGUGUGCGCAGAGCGGAAAUACCAGAGCGAAGAUGAAUGCAGAGGAGGUUGACAGUGAUCUGGUAGCUAAAAAAAAACUCUACGUCUGUUGUAUGGCAGUAUUUUGGAUUUAGGAUUACUGACACUGAGCAGUUGCUACAUCACGUGGCAAUACGAAAACAUUUCUAGUUUUAAAAAUACACAUUUUAGCAUUAUCACUAAACUGUGUGUGGAUUUUCCUUAAAACCCAUCAAGUUGACUCAUGAUACAAUUUAUUAUAAUCGCAAUCGCACAUCGCAAUAUUAGCAUGAAUAACCGCAAUGGGAAAAAUUACCCAAAUCGUGCAGCCCUAUUCCUCAUAAAUCGAUUCGGAAAGUUUGCAGGUGAGCUUUUUAUAAAAUCACGCUAAUAUUUUGUAUAUUUUCUCCAGGAAGUAUGGCAGAACUUAAUGGAAUCGUAUUCAGCUGGUAAACAAGGCAAAUCGAAAGUGAAAGCAUUUAUGUACACGGGUAGGAAUCUGAGAAAGGUGCACGACAGAUGCUGUUCGCUAUCAGCACUGCUUCUAUAAUGAGACACCUCAGCAUCUCCAGUAUCCAGCUGUGUGUCUAUGAAGAGUAUAAGAUCAGUAGUUGUGUUCUCUGAUCACAGGAAUAAUAUAUUGAGCCCAGUAUAAUGUUUUUACUCAGUAUGCAGAUUUAGUCCAGAUGUGGAGUUUGUGAGCAGGUUUUGACAGAUCAGACCAGUGCACCUGAAGACCUUAACUGUCCUCAAUGUAGAACGAAAUCCAGAACACACAAAGUCAUGGAAGAAUCCAGUUCUGCUGAUUUUGCUCAAUGCUGCACAGAACCAAACCUGCUGAAUGAGACUGAAGACCUUUAUCAGGAUUCUCAUCAACCAGUAGAUGAUGUUCUGCAGAGAGUCAAAGACCAACACAAAACCAUCAUGAAGAACAAGUUUGAGAGUUUAUUUGAGGGAAUCAAACUCCAAGAGAAUCAAACCCUCCUGAAGAGGAUUUACACACAACUGUAUGUCAUAGAGGAAGAGAGUGAAGGAGUGAAUGAAGAACAUGAGGUUUUACACAUGGAGAAAAACACCAGAACACAACACUUACAAAACACAACAAUCUACUGCAAUGACAUCUUUAAACCCAUACCUGAACCAGAAUAUAAAACAGAGAAAAGAAGAGAGAGAAAAGACAAAAUAAAGAGUGUUCUUACUAAAGGCAUUGCUGGAAUUGGAAAAACCGUCUCUGUACAGAAAUUCAUUCUGGAUUGGGCAGAGGGAACAGCCAAUCAGGAUGUAGAUUUCAUGCUUGUGUUUCCGUUUCGAGAGCUGAACUUGAUUCAAGAUGAUCAGUACAGUCUUCACAAACUUCUGCUUGACUUUCAUCCUGAACUUCAAGAUCUGGACUCAAAGAUUUAUGAUGAGUGUAAAGUUGUGUUCAUCUUUGAUGGUCUGGAUGAAAACAGAAUGACACUGAUGUUUUCAGACACUGAGAAAAUUUCUGACGUGAGUGAGACUUCAUCAGUGCCUGUGUUGAUAUCAAACCUCAUGAAAGGAGAUCUGCUUCGUUCUGCUCUCAUCUGGAUCACCUCCAGACCAGCAGCAGCCAAUCAGAUCCCAUCUAAAUACAUCAACCGUCUGACAGAAAUACAGGGAUUCAAUGACGAUCAGAAGGAGGAAUAUUUCAGAAAGAGAAUCAGUGAUGAACAUCAAGCCAGCAGAAUCAUCUCACACGUCAGAAGAUCAAGAAGUCUCCACAUCAUGUGUCACAUACCAGUCUUCUGUUGGAUCUCAUCCACUGUGCUUCAAAACAUCCUGAAACAAGACAAUGAGAGAGCAGAAAUCCCUAAAACUCUGACUGAAAUGUACAUCCACUUCCUGCUGAUUCAGAUGAAUAUGAAGAAUGAGAAGUAUGAUGAGAGAGAUCCAGAGAAACUCCUGCAGUCCAACAGAGAAGUGAUUGUCAAACUGUCUGAACUGGCUUUCAAACAGCUGAUGAAGGGUAAUGUGAUGUUUUAUGAGGAGGAGCUGAGAGAGUCUGGCAUAGACAUCACUGACGCCUCAGUGCAUUCUGGGAUUUGUACUGAGAUCUUUAAGGAGGAAUCUGUGAUGCAUCAGAGGAAAAUCUACUGCUUCAUACAUCUCAGCUGUCAGGAGUUUCUGGCUGCAUUUUAUGUGUUUUACUAUUACAACAGCCUAAAAUCAGACACGUUUUUUGAUAUAAUUUACACUUUACUUAAAUGCACAGUAGAUAAAGCUCUUCAGAGUGAAACUGGACAACUGGAUCUUUUCCUGCGAUUCCUGCUGGGCAUCUCACUGGAGUCCAAUCAGAGACUCUUACAGGAUCUACUGACACACACGGUGGACACCUCAGAAACCAUCAAGAAGAUCAUAACACAUAUUAAAACCAAAAUCAAAGCCAUGAAUAUUUCAGAGCAUAUCUCCACUGAAAGAUCCAUCAAUCUGUUUCUGUGUCUUCUUGAAGUGAAUGAUCAGACUCUGUACAGAGAGAUUGAGGAGUUUGUGAGAUCAGACAAACACUCAGAGAAGAAACUCUCUGCUGCUCACUGUUCAGCAAUAGCCUACAUGCUUCAGAUGUCAGAGGAGGUGCUGGAUGAGCUGAAUCUGAAGAAAUACAACACAACAGAGGAGGGAAGAAGACGACUCAUACCAGCUGUCAGCAACUGCACAAGAGCUAUGCUUGCUGACAGUAAACUUACUUAUCAGUGCUAUGAAGCUGUGGCUUCAGCUCUUCAAUCCUUAAACUCCUCUGUGAGAGAUCUGGACUUGAGUAACAAUGACCUGCAGGAUUCAGGAGUGAAGCUCAUCUCUGAUGCUCUCAAGAGUCCAGACUGUAAACUACACACACUGAGAUUAUCAGGUUGUAUGGUGACAGAUGAAGGUUGUUGUUAUUUGGCUUCAGCUCUGAGUUCAAACCCAUCAUCACACCUGAGAGAGCUGGAUCUGAGCUACAAUCACCCACAACACUCAGGAUGCCAGAUGCUCUCAAAGAGACUCAAUGAUACAAACUGCACACUCAAGAAACUCAUUUUGGACCAUGGAGGAGAGACCAGGAUUAGAAAAGGACUACGAAAAUAUGCUUGUGAUCUCACACUGGAUUCAAACACAGCACAUACUGGUCUCAUACUGUCUGAGGACAACAAGAAGGCCAUUCGUGUGGAAGAACCUCAGCCGUAUCCUGAUCAUCCAGACAGAUUUGAGUGUUUUGAGCAGGUUCUGUGUGAAGAGACUCUGACUGGACGCUGUUACUGGGAGGCUGAAUGGGGUGGACGGGGAGCUGGAAUUUCAGUAGUUUAUAAAGGAAUCUGCAGGAAAGGCCUGAGUGAGGACUGCUGGUUUGGAUACAAUGAGAAGUCUUGGAAUCUCUACUGUUCUAGCAGAAGUUAUUCUGCUUGUCACAAUCUAAAGCAGACAGAUAUACCUUCAACAUCACCACCGUCUAAUAAAGUAGGAGUUUAUCUGGACUGGCCAGCGGGCACUCUGUCCUUCUACAGCGUCUCUGAUGCACAAACACUCACACACUUACACACAUUUAACACAACAUUCACACAACCUUUAUAUGCUGGAUUUGUGCUUUAUCCAGACUCACCUGUGAUGUUGCGGUAGAACAGCAUGAUCACCUUAGAUUUAGAUGUCAUAAGAAUACAAAGCUCAAAGUUUGAUCAAAACAAAGAAACGUAUAUGAGUGGUUCUACAAUUGGAAGUAUAUUUGGCACCUCCAGGGUAAACCUUUCAUUUAAAUAUGUUCAGAAUUAUGUUUGAGCAACACAAAUUAUAUUAAUGUGUAUUGUAGGGAAAAUUUUUACUGAUUGAAACAUAUUGUUGACUGUCUUUGGCUCGUGGUUUAUACACUUAACUGAAAUUAUCAUUAAAUAUUUAAGUCUUUUUAAUUGUUUCGUUCUAAAAUUAUAUAGAAAAUAGAUAUUAUAAACAAUUUUAGGAUAUGUUGUAUGCUGUCUGCCCCUAUGCUGUGUUCAACUCUGUUGCCUUAAACUGCAUAAAAAAUAUAUUUAUAUUAAAAGGGACCUGUAUGACCUGCACCAUGUGAUAUCAGUGAAUUCAAAAUUAUUUUAAAUCUUACAUGUUAAAAAUCAGACUUAAAUUUAAUUAACUUAAAGGAACAGUAUGUAGGAUUGUGGCCAAAACUGGUAUUGCAAUCACACAACUGGUGGCCAAUACACAAAAUGACAACAGAAACAUCAUUUGAGGGCUGCAACUCCACUUUUUAAUUGACAAUAUCCUGGCCAGACCACUGGUGUCAUAUAAGUAUUUGAAAUGAUAAUUAUUUCUUAAUGUCUAGUGACAUAUCAGGGCCAUUUUAUGAAUAAUUGAUAUACAUUUCUUACAUAUUGUUCCUUUAAGUUCAUGGGGGGAAAAUCCUAUUCAUAUUCCUGUUUGUAUCCUUUUUAACUAAAAAUGUGUCCACACUUCUGUAAUGAGCAAUAUAUACAAAUCUUAUAUGUACAUUAAUAUCUUUUUAGAAAGUUUACAUUUCUAAUGACAAUUUUACAACGGUAAGAUUAUUUGAUGAUUGAAUUGUUUGAUUGGUUGAAAGUAGUAGGCAUGUACAGUACAAGAAUUUAAAACAACAUGUAACUACUGCGCAUGUUUACAGUGUUAUAGUAAUGUAAAGUU